AUGACGGCGGCUGUGCAUCCGCUCCAGCGUAUCCGCGCGCCAUCGCGGUCGCUCUCCCUCAUCCUCCACGCCGCCGGCAUCACAUCGUUUCUGCUAUCGUUCCGGUUCCUGAACGAGUGGGAAACGCCCCUGUCCAACUCGUACGGCGGCAACUACCAAUUCCUGACCAUUAUUGGCCUGGCGCUGUCACUGGCCACCUUUUCCGUCGGACUGGCGGCCGACCUGACGCUGUCGCCGCCGCUCUUUCGUCUCAAGAACGGCUUGGCCGUUGUCGCGGCUCCGCUCGAGAUCCUCAUUACAGUGUUGUACUGGGGGUUGUGCGCCAUUGACAAGUCGCUCGUCUUCCCGCCCGAGUUCCAGCUCGACGUGCUGCCCGACGUGGGCUUCCACGCCGCCCCCGGGGUGCUGCUGGCCGUGGACCUGCUGCUCUUUAGCCCGCCGUGGGCCAUCCAGCGCGGCAGCGCCCUGUCGCUCAGCCUCGUAUUUGCCCUGGGCUACUGGGCCUGGGUCGAGGUGUGCUUUGGCCGCAACGGCUGGUAUCCGUACCCCAUCUUUGCGCUGCUGUCCACCUGGCAGCGCGCGGCCCUCUUCUCCUCGUCGGCGCUCGUCAUGGCUGCCAGUACCAUGGGUCUCAAGUGGUUGUACGGCAAGCUCAACGGCGUCGAGGACCCGGAAAGGGAGAUUGUCGCCAAGAAGACUGCCUAG